AUGGAACGUCUAGAAGGCGGGGCAGACGAGAUCCGAAGCAAGCUGAAACGAAGCCAUAGGCUCCUCGGAGGCAAAGCACGGGCCGAUCCGAUGGAAUGUGUCGAAGUUUCCUCUCGAAUUGAGGAUUGGAGUCCUAGCCUCAGCGAGAUGGGGUCAGCACAGAGGAAAGAGGAACCAGGAGGGUGGGAGAAAUAG